GAGUUAAAUUUAUACCUGUCUACUAAUUUUAUGUGCAUUAGUUAAAAAUAACAUCUAAAAUCUAUUAUAAAACUAACUAGUCACUAUAGGUGUCAGGUGGUAAUACCUAGAAAGGGGAUGACCAUUAAUUUUUCCUUCUACUUGUUUAAUAAAAUCAUUGGACUAUAGUGAUCUGAAAAAAACUCUGUUUAGAAUAAAACUGAUGCUUAUGUCUCAAAGUCAAGUGACCAGCCUACUGUAAUUUUUACAACUGGGCUGAGUAAUUAUUGAUAACCUAAGUACUUCACUGAAACAUCUACAACGGUUCAACUUCUAGGUUGAUUCCCAUCCUUAUUUCUCAUUUAAUAAUUUAUAACAUAUUUAAAAUUUAUGUUGAACCGUUAUCUUACCAAUUCUACUACUGAUCACCAUAGAACUUUAAAAAAAUUCAUUAGUUCCUCUGCUAGGCGAAACUAAAGAUGGACGAAGGUGUGGUCAACCCGUUUACAAUAUACAACAAAAACAUUUUAAACACAUAUCAUACGGUCACAUGGAAUAUGAAGACAAUGUAAUAAAGCCUUGGAGGAUUAAGAUGUCUGAACAGGGUUGCCACCCGUACUAUUUUUUAAAGUAUUGUACUUUUUUUUUCACUUCUGUACUUUGGACUUUGUAGUCUUAAUAAAGUACGCUAAAAUACUUUAUUUCCUAUAAUAUUUACUUGAGGAAAAUAGUUCAUCAAUUAUUCUUAACACGGAAUAUAGAUAUUGUGGGGGCGCAAAUAAAUUGUAUAAUAUUAUUGUUUUAGAAGUAAUAGUAUUCAAUAUUACAAUUAAUAUUAAUCAAUUUUAUUAUUAUUCUUAGUAUUUUUGUAUUAUUUUAGUAUUAUAAGGGCCAGCUUAUCUCCAUAAAAUAAUUGAUUAUUUAAAUAGUGAAAGUGUUAUUGCUUUUUCUAUUCAAACUGAUGCUAGCAACAAAAAAAAUGUAAAGCUUUUUCCUCUCAGUGUCCAAUAUUUCAGUAUUGAAAAUGGCAUUGAAAAUAAAUAAAUUGAUUUUUAUGAAAAUCCACAUGAAACGGCAGAUGAAAUGUCUUCAUAUAUAAAAAAAUCUUUUGAAAACCUCAAAUUAUCUUUGCAUAAAGUCUCUGCAUUAAGUGCUGAUAAUACUAAUUGUAAUUUUGGAAAAAAUCAUUCGUUAUAUACUAACUUAAAAAAAGAAAUUCCUAAUUUAAUAAAAGCAAACUGUCAUGCACAUAUUAUUCACAACUCUGUAAGAUAUGCAAUGAAUUUUAUAUCAUUUGAUAUAGAAAAUGUAAUUUUAAAAAUAUAUGCUCAUUUUUCUCAAUCUUCUGUAAGACGUGAAACAUUAAAAGAUUUUUUUACAUUUUUGAACUGUGAAUGGUCUGAACUAAAGAAACAUGUAGUGACUAGAUGGUUAUCUUUACUGCCUGCCAUAGAAAUGAUUCUAAAAAAUUGGGAACCAAUUAAAUCCUAUUUCUUAUCCUUGGAAAAAUGCCCGCCUUUAAUAUUAAAAAUACUUUUUAGUGAUGAUCAAGUGACAAUAAAAACUGACAUAGAAAUAUACUUUUUCUUUUUAAGUCAUAUUUUGCCCUUAUUCAAUGAAUACAUUAAUAAAUUACAAGGGAAUAACAUAUCAGUUAUGGUAGUUUAUGAUGCGAUGAAUUCAUUGAAAAAAUCUUUAGAAAUACGAAUAAAAGAUACAAUUUUUGGCUUUCACACAAACCAACUUAUUGAAAUGUCAACAAACAAAGAUAUUCUUAUUAAUGAUUUUUUAAACUUUUUGAACAAUGCAAUUAAUUACUUGAAUAAAUGGUUUGAUUUCUCAGAUUUAAAUUGGUUAAGACAAGUAAAAUGUGUUAACCUUUCAAGUGAACUUAAAUAUUCUGAAUUGUUAUAUUUGAUUAGUGAGCUUAAAUUAGAAAAUAAACUUUUUUUGAAUAUCAGAAUAUGAAUGAACUGUAUGACGAAUGCAAUAGAAUAAAUGAAAUGUUACCAUUAUUAAAAGAAACUAAUUCAAAUUCAUGUAAUAAAUGGCAAAGUUUAUUUAAAAUUGCAAAUCUUGAAAAUAAUAACUUUCAUCUUAAAAAUAUUUACAAAGUUGUUAGUUUUAUAUAUAGUAUUCCUGCAACAUCAAGUUACUGAGAGAGAGUAUUUUCUAUGAUGAACUUAAAAUAUAGAGAUGAAAGAAAUAAGUGUAGGCUUGAACUUAUCAAAUAUGAAUUAAUUAUCACUUUUAAUGUUAAAGAAAUAUGCACUGAAAUUUAUGAUACUUUUUUAAAAGAUGAAAAAUUACUAAAAGCUGCUAAAAGUAAU